CGCCGCCGCCGCCGCCGUGGUUUGGCGAGGGGCGGCCGCGGCCUGUGUCGCCCGGCAGCUGCCGCCGCCGCCGCGGGGAGUGAGGGCGGGUGAGCGGGGGCCUGGUUGUUCUUACUUUCUUCCUUAACGGCUCCCGAAGAAGCGCAGGAGCAGGCCGGUUUGAUGGAGCUCAGGCUGUGAGGAUUCCUGCUGCAGCUGGAUCUCAGGCCUCUGCAAACACGGUUCGUGUUUUGGCAUCAGAGUCAGGAGGAGCUGAGCCAUAAAGGAAGGAGAAAGCAGAAGUGGUGAAGGUCACUGGCUACGGUCUUGCGAUGUGACUUGUUGCCUUUCUAGGUGCAUUUGAAAUCACAAUUAAAAUGGAUAUCCGAGGUGCUGUAGAUGCUGCUGUCCCAACAAACAUCAUUGCUGCCAAAGCUGCUGAAGUUCGGGCAAAUAAAGUGAAUUGGCAGUCAUAUCUUCAAGGACAGAUGAUUUCUGGUGAAGACUGUGAAUUUAUUCAAAGAUUUGAACAGAAAAGAAAUCCAGAAGAAAAACAGGAGCUGUUGCAAACAGAAGGCAAUCAAUGUGCUAAAACAUUUAUAAACUUGAUGACUCAUAUCUCCAAGGAACAGACAGUUCAGUACAUUCUGACUAUGGUUGAUGAUAUGCUGCAAGAAAAUCAUCAACGUGUUUGUAUUUUCUUUGAUUAUGCAAAGCGUGGUAAAAACACUGCAUGGUCUUACUUUCUGCCGAUGCUGAAUCGCCAAGAUCUUUUCACUGUGCAUAUGGCAGCAAGAAUUAUUGCCAAAUUGGCUGCUUGGGGGAGAGAACUUAUGGAAGGAAGUGACUUGAAUUACUACUUCAACUGGAUUAAAACACAGCUCAGUUCCCAGAAACUACGUGGUACAGGGGGUUCUGUGGAAGCAGGAACAGUCUCCACGAGUGAUAGUUCCCAGUAUGUACAAUGUGUUGCUGGAUGUCUGCAGUUGAUGCUCAGGGUCAAUGAAUAUCGCUUUGCUUGGGUAGAAGCAGAUGGGGUGAACUGUAUCAUGGGGGUCUUGAGCAACAAAUGCGGCUUCCAGCUCCAAUACCAGAUGAUUUUCUGCGUGUGGCUGCUGGCAUUUAGCCCUCAAAUGUGCGAAUAUCUCCGUCGAUACAAUAUUGUUCCAGUAUUGUCAGAUAUUCUUCAGGAAUCGGUCAAGGAGAAAGUGACUAGAAUCAUCCUUGCAGCAUUUCGGAAUCUGUUAGAGAAAUCUACAGAGAGAGAAACUCGCCAAGAAUAUGCACUUGCCAUGAUUCAGUGUAAAGUUUUAAAGCAGCUAGAGAAUUUGGAUCAGCAGAAAUACGAUGAUGAAGACAUAAGUGAAGAUAUCAAAUUUCUGCUGGAGAAGCUUGGUGAGAGUGUGCAGGACCUUAGCUCAUUUGAUGAAUACAGUUCUGAACUCAAGUCAGGAAGAUUGGAGUGGAGUCCUGUACACAAGUCUGAGAAGUUUUGGCGUGAGAAUGCUGUAAGAUUAAAUGAGAAGAAUUAUGAACUACUCAAAAUCCUGACAAAACUUCUGGAGGUUUCUGAUGACCCACAGGUGCUGGCUGUAGCUGCUCAUGAUGUGGGAGAAUAUGUACGACACUAUCCCCGAGGGAAACGAGUGAUUGAACAACUUGGUGGUAAACAGCUUGUAAUGAACCAUAUGCAUCACGAAGACCAACAAGUUCGUUAUAAUGCACUACUGGCUGUGCAGAAGCUGAUGGUUCACAACUGGGAGUACCUUGGGAAGCAGUUGCAGUCAGAACAACCUCAAACGGCCACUGCACGGAGCUAAGUACUUCAAUUGAUGCAUCACAGUUCUUUCUUCAUGCUGAUAACUGGAAUAUGUUUGUCUUUAAUAUCAAGAAAACAGUUUGGUCACAACUGCUACUAGAGCGUAAACUUUCCGCUACUAGAGUGUAAACUUUCCAGCUAUCCUCUAGUGUUGUUGGCUUAGUAAAACUUGUUUGUUGUCUGAUGAAUAUGCAUAUUAGCUUCCUGCUACAUUCUGAAUGUAUCUGAGUCAAUAUGGCUUAUGUAUGGCUCUUGUUUAUGUAUUUAUUCUCAUAAUAAAGAUUGUUAUUAAGAAAUAUUAAUUCCAAAUCACAA